AUGACAUCCACGGGCUUCUACACGCUCGACGAUGGCGCGUUAGAGCUGCUGCAGACGCUGUACGCGAGUGUGGACGCUGCGGACGAGUGUGCAGAUGCUGCGUCCACUCCUGUAGCGUACUUGGGUGACUCUUGUCGUGAAAACAGUCGCGUUGAGACGCGUGUGGACUCUGUAGAGCACAAGGGAAUUCGUCUCCACAAUUGGGUCAUUGGCUCAAAUAAGACCCAUAUUACGCCUAUCGACACCGUCGACGAGAUCGGUAAAGCGGCCAAGCUGACGCCGCCCGAGAUGGUGUUCGGAAAGAACCAGUUAGUGAUCUAUCACGAGCUAUCGGGAGUGUGCUGCAGUUUUCUGGCAGUCGAAGCUCUAAAGGGUGCGCACUUUCCUCCGCCGAUGAGUGACCAAGCGCAGGAUAUUGUGGCCAAUAAGCAGCUCAAGGUCGCUAUUGCCAAGCACAACACGAACAAAGAGGAAGUGAAAGAGCUGGACAUUACGUACGACUGGACGUACUCGACUGACUAUAAGGGCUCGCUACAACGCUUUAUGCAGUCGAAGGGCUCGCCUGUUACAUUGACGAGACGGGGCGACGAGGUUAAGAUUGAAGCUACAGCGGAACGCAUUGAUUAUGAAAAGCUGAAGGAGCGAGAGCCUAUUCUUUGGUUCGAAGAUGUCAGUCUGUAUGAAGAUGAACUUCACGACCAUGGCAUUUCCGCCAUGUCGGUGAAAGUGCGCGUGAUGUCGUCGGGAUUCUACGUGUUGUCACGCUACUGGAUGCGAUUGGAUCACGUUGUUGUACGUCUGCAUGAGACGAGGAUCCACCACCUCUUCGGUAGCGAUCACUUCAUACGCGAGUACACGCGUAAAGAAGACCAAUUUGACGCACUGUUCUCCAAAGGUCAUUCGAAAAACAUGGCCAACUAUACGAACAUCGAUACGUACCAGCACCUAUUGUCUGUGCGUGAAGCGAGGCACGAGAAAGUUUGGCUGCAGUAG